UUCACACAAUCUUUGAUAAUUUUUCAAUCUAAUAAAAGUGGUGAUUCUAUAUAAAAAUCAAACAUUCACUCAUUAUUUUUUUAAACAUUGUUCAAUUAUUCACAUAUUACAUCAAAACAUAUAUCUAAUGGCAUCCAUGUAAGACUCUUAAUAAACUCUUAAUAAGACUCUUAAUAAAUAAACUGCUUCUCUUUUCUCAAUUAAAUAAUAUAUUGUUUGAAAAAUUAGUAAUAAUAUCGAAAAUUAUUAGUAAAAAAAAAUGAAAAAUUGAACUGACUGUUUUCUAAAGUAGUUGACUCCCAUUGCAAAUGUCCCUCUAAAGGAGCGAACCAGGACUCCUUCACAAAUGAAUGUGCCUCGCGGCACCCAGUGCGGCUCCUCAGGGCACCUCGCGUCUACCUGCGUCUCCGAAGCGUGCUGCAACUCCACGCUAGGACGCCGCCGCCGCAUCCCGGCGAUUCUUUGUUAUCCCUGGAGCCCGACAUGGAUUCUCACCACGCCUGCUAAUUUCACAUCGAUAUCGCCGAGAAAUUCGUCAGCAUCACGCACUGACUCAACGAGGAUUGGCAUAGUUGGCUGCCAUCCUGCAUCUCGAUUCACAGGGUCCGGUUCUAUCAACAUGGUUGCCAGUUUCAUCAACUUGGGCAGAGUUUAUUUCCUCACAUAGUUAUCGGUGAAGUGUUGAUUGUAGUCUACUAGGGCUACCAGCAGUCGCAACGCAACAGAUCAAGGUUUUCACAUCUCACCCCCACCUUGCAAGUUAUGGGGGAGUAGAGCGGCGGGUUGUGCCUGUGGGGACAGUGAGCGUGCAGUCUCAUUCAGUGGGAAGUGCUGAAGAAACACAGAUUUGGAUCUAAGUGCAACCAGCUGGUUUCCACACAGAUCUUAGUUGCCUUCUGAUGGUGCCGUGUGGUAGAAGAUAGUGUAAGAUUCGCAAAGUUGCAAUAGUAUUCCAUGGUGGGACUUUAAGCUCAAUGGAAACUUCCCCGUCUACAGUUAAUCGUAGAUCCUGUGGCCUGCAUGGUCGAUGGUCGUCUUUUUCGACAAGAAUGGCGGGACAGGGCAGAUGGGGCAGUUCGUAGGAGGUGUGUAGCUGGAUGUGUAGAUUGAUAGGCCUUUGAAUAAGGUUUUCUGGGGACAGCUCUUGUACUCGUAUGGGUGCUCGGACGGGCACCUCCACGGGUAGUGGUGAAUGUAUGUGGUUUGUUCCGGAUGUGCAAAUCUGCAACAAAUCCGGAGAGUGCGUGUCUGUUGUUAGUUGGUAGCAUGCAUGCGUCUUCAUUGGAAUGAAUCCAAACGCUUGAAAUGUUCUGUGCGAGAAUGGAACAAGGAGUUGUGACUUGUGGGAAUCAGAGGGAUUGUUCGAUCACCUGAAUGGCUUCUCAUGGUCUGGUGGAGGUGGGUGGAUAGGCCUCGGCACGUACUCAUUUACAUAUUCGGUAGUUCCAGUCUUGCCGCCCUCGCAGAACGGAAUUACUGACAUUUUGAGGCGAUCUGGUUGCUUCCAUGCUGGCCACCUUGGGCAGUUGCGCGUCCCGCAUGUGCAAAUCGUGCACGUGCAAACUUUCCUUGAACCCUGCUGGAAUGGGGGAGGCACAUACACGACCAUUGUGAAUCUGGAGUGUGAGAAUGGAGAUGAUUCAUGAUUGUAUGUAGCCACACCAUGACGCGGUGUCCGUGGGCCGAGGACGAAUGAAUGUACAUGAGCAACUAGAAGCGACAUUGCACAUUAUUCUCAAACUCUAAAAAUCAAGCAAAUGUUUCUAAACUCUCCUCUCAGGGAGACAAAAGAGUUCCAAAUCCUGAUCUGCUUGCUUCAUUAACCUCCACCAAAUGCAUCGUUAUACCUUUAAUAUCUUAAUCCGCACCUCAUACUCCUAAUAUCUUUAGAAUAGGUCUGUUUGAAAUGAAGAUUCUUACCAUUUAUAAGUUUUUUUUUUUUUUUUUUUUUUUUUUUUUUGUUCGCAAAUCCUGUGAAGGAGUAGGCAAGUGUGCAGAGAUGAAGAGCUCAACGGUCGGCAGCAGAUCAUGACCUUGUUUUGGCAGGUGGAAGCAUUUGGUGGAGAUGUGGUAGAGUAACUAAGAGCUCGAUGCCUGUCCUCAACGCAUUUUGAUCGAGAGGGUUGCGUGCUUUGUGGUCUGCAAGAGUAGAUGCUGUAUGAUGUGUGCUUUCACUUACAUCUCUGCAACUGUUCGAGAGAAGAAGAUAGAUUCUAGGUUUUGUGAAGCAUGUGAUGGACACGGUGUGACUUGAGGACGGAGGCGACAAACCUCUUUGACGAGCCACUUGAAUUUUGGACGAUGAUGUCUAUGUGGUUUUAGCACAGGUUUUAGCAGGAUAUUCUGCCUUCGAGCUGAGGGCGAGGAUUUACCUGUUUGACGCAGGAGUUGCAGUACAAGUUUAUCGCAAAUACCCAGUUCGAAAAUCCUAAUUAGGAAGCUUCUAGAUCUAGAAGAUUCUCAUUUCGGUCACAAUUGUAUCAAUCGUUUUUCUAGCUACAGUUGAGAGCCUCCUAUCGUGCUCUUUGUUCCUUGAUUGCUUGGAAAUGUUGAUCAGAGAAGGUCUACUCUGUCUGUGAAGUUUCAGGACUCGCUAUGGCUCUCCAUACAGUAGGUCAAAUGAGUUUGGAUGGAGCUUGGAAGAGCUCUAUCACUGCGUGGCCUGGAUCCAGCACCAUUUCCUCGAAGACUUUGAAAGUGGGCUUCCCUCGACAGGUUUCUUCCUCUUCCACACCCACACCCACAGGUUUUCGAUUAUCGUGUGUCGAGGGAGUUGAGUUGCCAAACAAGAAGCGCAUUGAGACAGCGCUGCAGUCUAUCCACGGAGUAGGGAAAACAACGGCGCGGCAAAUCUUGCUAACCAUAGGACUGGAGAAUAAGGUCACAUCGGAGCUGUCUGAAUUGGAGCUUACAAAAAUCCGUGAGGAGCUUUCGAACUACAUGAUCGAGGGAAAAUUGCGACGAUUCAAUGCAUUAAAUAUACAGCGAUUGGUUGACAUUCAAUGCUACCGAGGGCGACGACACCGUGCCGGGUUACCUGUCAGAGGACAAAGAACCAAAUGCAACGCACGAACAAGGAAGAGGGCCGUCUUAGGGAAGAAGAGGGUCGUUGCUGGGAAGAAAAAGACUACUAAAAGAUGAGUGAUCAGAGGAGCUACCUGCCAUGUAUGAUUUACACUAGCGUUUGCUCGUGUUGGUGACAAGGCCGCCACUGCUUUUGGCUUCCGAACAGGUGCACUUUUCGAUGUAAAUAACAUGCCCAUAUUUCUUAAGCGGUGUCACAAAGGUUCUGGAUUAUUGGAGAUUGCUGGUUUUAGAGGUUAAUCGUUAUGGACAGGAAUGGCAUGCAGACUAAAAUAUGCAACAGUUGACCCUUUGAGCUUAUGAAACCAUGCCAGCUAACAGUUCAUGGAAGGUUGAUAGAUCGUAGUCUAGGGCAGUUCCUCGAGUCUUAGCUAAAGUAUACGCGAGCAAUAAAAAAAUUCAGUAAUGUCAGCAUUUUCAUUUUUAGUUGCAUUACUUAGAUGAAGACGAUGACCCAAUAUUGGGAACAGGAAAUGGAUAUAAUGAAGCACAAGAGUGGCGACAACAAUCUAGGGUCUUGACUCCAGGACCUUGAACAAUUCCUGAGAAUUUUGAUAACUCUUUAGACACUCUUUAGCCAAGGCUAAAAUUUAGUUGAAGUGAGUUUUAGUACAGAUCUUACAGAUGUGGGUGUUGAGGCCCCUGUCUCAUCAAUGCAAGCUAUAAGCUGACAGUUGAUCCGUUUGAUGGAUGUCAUUUUUGCAUCAGCUUAGUAAUCAUGCAUAUUAGCUACACCAGCAUUGGAGCUUCCAUCAUAGUUGAUAUCUCAAACCUUCUAUUCUAUGGUA